AUGAGCAGCAUCGACGACGACGCCCACUCCCCCACAAACCUCGUCCUCUCCCGCAACGCAGCCUGCCACCAGUGCCGCAAACGUAAACUCAAAUGCGAUGCACAGAAGCCUGUAUGUGGCAACUGCGCGAAACCUCGGGUAAGGGGGUCCAAACCAAGCAUUAGUGAUUCACCUCAAGACCCAAUCGAGUGCACUUGGGACAGGCCGAAAGAGCCCAGUGCUAGAACCAAACGAAGACGGGAACUUGCCAAAAGGCAAGCAAUGGAAUCGGACGACAAGAACGUGAAAAAUGACCAGAGUGGCAAUGCCAAAGGAGGCAAAGCAAAAAAGACAAGGCUCAAUGAGCCUGAAGGCCGACAUGGUGGGUUCAAUGGCAGAUUCAUUGACCCUGGCCAUUUUGCACUUGACGAAACGGCCGCCACUUCGUAUCUUCCCGGUAGCAGCAUUCGUGAUGGACUUGCGAGGCGUCCAGAUCUUGACGACGCGGACUAUCCUCGCAAUGGAGCAGAGGAGUACACUUACCGACACCCCCCAUUUUCCAUCGGGAUCAUGGGAGAUAUACCAUUCUACCCCGAAGGAUCUCCUCGAGAUGGCCGAGCGCAUGAAGUGCAAGGUGAUGAGGGAGAUUCAUUGAGGCCCUGGGCCAGUCUCAACGGCUCCAAUGAUUCGGCCGUCAGGUUGGAGCCGUCAGAUGGGAGUACCAGGUCAUUCGCGGACCUCAAUGGUUACACGGCCAGCGUCCCAAACACUACAAACGGCGACUUGGAUGAGGCCCUUAGCGUGUUUUGGCCCGACUGGCCCAAGGCGCUUCCCAUGCCUGCAGUUGUUGAUCGUGCUGUUCGAGUAUUCUUUGACAAGGUACCAACACUACCCAAGAUGCUCAACAAGAGUCAAUUGCUGCAAAAUAUCUCGCGAUCCCCUUCGCAUCCCGAUUUUCCUUCCACGUCUCUUCUACACUCCAUCCUUGCUAUUACCGCCAAUUUCAUAUCCGAAACAUCUCUUUCCUCGCCCUCCUACUUUCCCGUCGGCACGCCCUCUCAAGCCCAUACUCAUCCCACUGAGGACUUCCACAUUUUCGACCACAUCGCCAAUCGCAGCGCACAACCGCAACAUCCUUCGAGCGGUCUCAAUAAGAAAUUGUCCCCCGUGACGUCAAUGGCGAGGUUCCAAUUGUGGCAUAGAAGGAAGGCUUUUGAGACAUUCUAUCAUUAUGUGGACAGAGGCGAAAAAUUGGUGCAAUGCUUACAAGCGCAGAUCAUUGCCACUACUGUGGAUCAAUAUAAUGCUUGGUGGACGGAUGUCUGGAUUGAGACGGGAUCUUGCGUAAGGGUAGCCACACCCCUGCGUCUUCACGAAUCACCCCACGUCCCCGACAGCUCACUCCAAAAAUUUGCGCAUCUCCUCGCGCCUGCCAAGACGGCCAUGGAUCAAGCCGAGCGUGACCGCACAUGGUGGAUGACAUAUCUCUUGGAGCGCAAUGUCACUGCUUCAACAUCAUGUCCAACAGCCCUCAUCGAUGAUGAGAUCACGGUUGAGCUACCGGUAUUGCAGAGUACUUUCGAUGCUGGAUAUGGAGAGCUUUACGGGACGCAGACUCUACAUUCUCCUGACUGUCUGACGCACCAUCCCCCGGAGCAUCGAGACAGCCUGUGCUUCUUGAUCAAAUCUAUAAAACUCCUGAGUGAGGUCAAUGUCUUCUUUUGCAAGUACUCACGGGGUAGCCAUAGUUUAGCGGGCUACGUGACAAAUCCCACUUUCCGGAUACUACUCUCUCAAAUCAAUUCCUUCCGAACGUCGUUCCCGCCCGAGUAUCGUCGCCCGACUCAGAAUAUCUCAGGAGGGGGUGCCAAUGCGCUCGAUAGGGAUCUGAUCAUGGCUCUUUGGGUCACUCAUAGUGCCAUAAUGGCCCUGGGAGAACCUCUUAUCACCAAAGACUCGUGGAUGGACGAAGGAGCUCGCGUGACACUGUCAGCUAUCCGCGCAACCCUGUCGUUGCUGUACGAUGUCACAUCGACAUCAUAUGACCUAUCGUUGUUUCCCCCUUUUGCGUCCUUUGUGUGGUCAAUGACCUGUAGAGGCUUGAUCAGAUUCAUGGGGACGGCCAUGCAAAGCGGGGAUAUGGUCUCCGCGGCCGUCUUCAGGUCGGAGGUGGAAGUUUUCCGACUUGCCAUGAAAAGGUAUGGGGAAAGAUUCCCUGUUGGAAACGGGCAUCUGAAAGUGGUCGACGAUCUUCUUGAAACCACGGAAAGUAAAGGCGAGGAUCCGGGACACGGUACCCGCUUUCAGUGCAAACGCGAGCUCAUCAUGAAAUGCGGCCGCGAGGUUGGUGCCUCAAUUAUAGAGGAAUUGUCGUCGUCAAAUCCAACAUCCACUAGCAUGGUCACACCUGAAGCCGUUUUGUCUGAGUCUAGCACCUCCAACGCACGGAUGUCUACGGCGGCUUCUGCGUCUACAAGCGCAUCGGGUGGUGUCAGAGCGCGUGAACUCCCUCCUGUAGACGAUGGCGCAACAGGAGAGAGCAUCUCAGCACUUGCUUCUAGUGGAUCUGCGCUGGCAGAGUUCACAGAGGAUGGAGGUACCCAUGGCGUUGGGACUACGGUCGGCUCUUUCAAACAACCCCGGCCAGUAUCUUCGUAUACCGGCUCGGGUCCCCAUCCCGAACACCUCCGCCGCAUACCAUCACUCACAUCAUUCUUCCCGCCCAGUCUUGCCCCAGACCCCAACGUAUCCACCCCUGUCCCUCAUGGUGAUACCACAUCGCAUAAUCAGCCGAGCCCUCCCAUUUUUGACGCUAAUACGUUGUGGAGCGCUCCUCCAUAUCUUGCAAAUCUGCAAUCAAAGUCCAACAUGUUUUCAGCCAAUUCAUUCAUGAAUGGUGCCGGUCCCAACGAAUCUUCUCAUAUCAACCCCACAUCUCCUGCAUUCUUGAGUAACAACACUCUGCAGGAUGGUACGAGUUGGGAUAUCAGUAGUUUCAGUUUUGAUGUGAAUAAUGUGGCUGGGAUGUUUGAGGGCAGCGGGGCGACGUUUGAUGGCCAAGACUACGGGUUCGGGACGAUGUAG